AUGGCUAGACAGUCAAUUGUAACUGUAAUGGUAGAAAGAGAGGAGUGGGUGAUGCCGCCUAGGGGUGGAAAACCCAUAUCAAGGAAAGCCCAUUUCCUCCUUCCGGCACUCACUGCAGAGGAUGAUGCAUCAUCAUCGAUGGGGCUGUUCCCGAACUCCAUGAAUGAGAGCUCUGGCUCAUCAAUUUCCAGCACCCAGCUCCCUCUCAAGGUCUCCUUCGAUGGCUGGAGAAAGCCUACCGACCGUUGGGAACAAUGGGUCUCCCAAAUGCGCCCACGCUAUCAGUCUCUGUGGGAGGGUGCAGGAAUUUCGGACGCCAUCAAUAGCUCCAUCUCCACCAUCAUUCAACACAAGGACGUUGUCCUAGAACUCUCUGAAAGAUGGUGUUCGGAGACCAAAUCCUUCAUUUUUCCAUGGGGAGAAGCUACAAUUACACUCGAAGAUGUAGCCGUUAUAGGAGGCUACAGUCUUGGAGGCCAUUGUGUUCUCCAGCCGCUGGAAUCCCCUGCUUUGAAAGACAUCGAGAACCAGCUUAAAGAGGAAAGGCUGGUCAUCGGACGUACAAAAGCAUCUAGAGCUUGCCAAAAGCUUUGGAUGGACAGAUUCAUGGGCAGUGGGAGUGAGAUAGAACAUGAAGCCUUUCUAUCACAUUGGCUCUCUAGGUUUGUUUUUCCUGGACCUGCCAUUGACACUAUUCGAAAGGUUGUGUUUCCAGUUGCAAUUCAUCUCGCUAGGGGAGCUAGAAUCGCUUUGGCCCCGGCUGUCCUCGCCAGCCUUUACAGGGAUCUUGGUUUGCUCAAAAGACGCGAGCAAAUCUCUGUUCGUAAGCCAUCUAGAUCCAGGUUGACAUUGCCCGACAAAAUCACAAUGUGGGCUCCAUUUCAGCUGGUCCAGGUUUGGAUAUGGGAGAGGUUUGAGUCCUUGAGGCCACUAGGCGUUAGGACAACUCUAACCACGGUACCAAUAAUAACUAAAUGGCACAAAGCGAAGACAGAGGGCCCUAAGAUUGAAAAUCUCGCUCGAGUUUAUGAUAGAAGCGGGAAGACCUUUAAGUGGAGGCCGUUCACUGGUUGUGAUUAUUAUCAAGGGUUCAUGUCAGAACUAUACAAGUCGAAACAAGUGAGGAAGAUAGCUGUUUAUUACCUAACAGAAGCUCUCCAAAACUAUGUCCGAUGUAUAAGGACAUCUGAACUUGUUGGGUUAGAAGAUGGUUGCAUUGAGCAAUAUAUGCCUCAACGAGUGGCGAUGCAGUUUGGGCUUGAUCAAGACAUCCCCGUUGCUAGUAGAGUUGAAACUUCUCUGAUUGGUGGGAACAAUUAUUUGAGGCCGUUUUUAGAUGAUGUGAUUUAUGUUCCAUCAAGAUUUUCGGAGCCUGAAGUAUCAACAAGGUACUACACUUGGUUGAAGAGAUCCAUAAUGAUUUAUCUUGAAGGCCAAACUACAAAUAGAACUCGUGCUCUUGUUUAG